AUGGACCGAGAACGUAUCGCUGAUCUUUUCGAUCGUCUAAAAAGUGAUCAUUCCUAUACAGUGCAAUCAUCGACACCCGACCAGAUGGUAAAUAAAACUGAACAAAACACACAACAACACGAACAGUCUCGCCCUGUCUAUAUUUGUCCUGACUAUGUUGCAAACACAAAAAAGCGGGCAUUGUUUACCUCAGGUAUCGAGACUAGUGUUACUACGGAAAUGAAUUGGCGUGAGUUUAAACGGAGAAAAACAGCCAUUUCGAAUGAACAAACAGAUCCACUGGUGACGGUAACAGUUUCCAAUAUUGACACAGUGAGUGCGUGGUUCACCAGCGCUCCUUAUCAUCCAAAUUACUACGGUUAUGAAGGGCGUGACUUUUCAUUUAAUGACUCUAAAAUACGUUGUACGAUCUGUCACAUCAAGAAUCCAUAG